CCAAAGAUGUGGACAAGGUAACUUCAUUUCAGCUGAUUGGCUUCGUCGUUACGACGAUAUCGAGUACUCUCCACCAACCCCACCACCCGUCAACCGUCGAAGCUGCUUGCCGCUGGCGUCCCCACCCCCCGCCAACCUCUCUCCUGCCGCCUCAUGCCUCCGCAUUUCUAGGGUUAGGGUUUCUCUUGGCAUGGAGAUUCCACAUCCACCACCAUCUGAUCAGGCAGUUUCCCUCACCCGGGUCAGGGCUCCCGAAAUGGAGUUCCCUCAGAUCCUUGACGAAGCUUCCGCCCCUUGGGAAUGGGGUAAUCUACUGGACUUCACCGUUGACGACCAAUUGGUCGUCUCUUGGGAUUCCGAUAAUAAUCCUACUAUCGCUCAGGCGCCGGAACUUGUUCCCCAGCCUUUCUCGAAUCGGGGGACCGACGCUUCCGAUCGAGUGAGGAAGAGAGACCCCAGGUUGACUUGUUCCAAUUUCUUGGCCGGACGGAUCCCCUGCGCUUGUCCGGAGAUUGACGAGAAGGACGAGGGGGAAGCAGCGGUUGGGAAGAAACGGGCCAGGACGGCCCCGGUGGGCACCGCCCGGUGUCAGGUCCCUGGUUGCGAGGUUGAUAUUAGCGAGCUGAAGGGUUACCAUCGGCGGCAUCGUGUUUGUCUUCGUUGCGCCAAUGCCACUUCUGUUGUUCUCGACGGCCAGUCUAAGCGAUAUUGCCAACAGUGUGGCAAGUUUCAUAUAUUGUCAGAUUUUGAUGAAGGUAAACGCAGUUGUAGAAGAAAACUAGAGCGCCACAACAAGAGGCGUCGGAGAAAAGCUGUUGAUUCUAGAGGUGCAGUUGAAAAGGAAGGUCAGGGGUCCUUGUCACCUGAAGAUACUUCUGGUGAUGCUGAAGCAGGGAAAGAUACCUUAUGCUUGAAUGAUCGGGUGCCACAGAGAGAAGUGACAUUGGAACCUGAAGAUGGACAUGUCUCCCCACCUUGUUCAGCUCCAAGUUCACAGAAUGUCCAAAGUGAUAGUGUUGUAUCUUUUGCUGCUUCUGGUGAAACUCCUAUGGAUGGUAGAAAAGAGAACUCUAAAAAUGCUAUUUCAUCACCCUUUUGUGACAAUAAGAGUGCUUAUUCAUCUGUGUGUCCAACAGGUCGGGUAUCAUUCAAGCUUUACGACUGGAACCCAGCUGAAUUUCCUAGACGACUUCGGCAUCAAAUAUUCCAGUGGUUGGCUAGCAUGCCGGUUGAGUUGGAAGGAUAUAUUCGUCCUGGAUGUACCAUUUUGACGGUAUUCAUUGCAAUGCCACAAGUUAUGUGGGACAAGUUGUCUCAAGAUGCGGCAUCCUAUAUACAUGGAUUUGUUACUUCACCUGAAAACAUACUUUGGAGAAAAGGCGUGAUGCGUGUUUAUUUAUGUAACAUGAUUUUUCAGGUUCUAAAAGAUGGAAUGUCAUUAGUGAAUAUUAAGAUGGAGGUGCGAGCACCAAGGCUUCACUACAUUCAUCCUACUUGUUUUGAAGCUGGAAAACCCAUGGAGUUUGUUGCUUGUGGUAGUAAUCUACAGCAGCCUAAAUUUCGGUUUCUUGUUUCUUUUUGUGGAAAAUAUCUUUCAUAUGAUUAUUGUCUUGCCAUUUCGCCCACACAAAAUGUCAGUGAUGAUACUCAUAGUUGUGACCAUCAGAUGUACAAGAUAUAUAUUCCUCACACCGACCCCAAACUUUUCGGACCUGCAUUUGUUGAGGUUGAGAAUGAGUCUGGGAUAUCCAAUUACAUUCCUAUCCUCAUUGCAAACAGAGAAAUAUGUAGUGAAAUGCAGGUGUUACAGCACAAGCUUGAUGGAUCUUUCUGUGCGGAGAGACCUCAAUUAGCAAUUGCUGGUUCCCUUUCUGAUGAGUGCGAGGUACUUGUAUUGAGACAAACAGCAGUUUCUGAACUCCUUUUAGAUAUUGCAUGGCUACUUAAGGAGUCUGAGUUAGGAAGCAUCCAAAGCCUCUCAACUUCUACACAGAUACAGAGAUUCAAUUCUUUACUGGAUUUCCUAAUAAAGAAUAACUUGACCAUGGUUCUGAUGAAAAUAUUAGAGGCUAUGAAGGUUGUGGACAAAGAGUUAAAUAACACUGUCAAUGCAACUGAUGAUGCUGGCGUCAGGCUAUUUCAUAAAUAUAUGGAUCAUGCCAGUGAAAUUGUCUGCAAGAAAAUUCAAAACAUUCAGGAUUUACCAAAAUAUUCAGGAAGGGAUUCUUAUUCUAAAAGCUUUGACAAAAAUGACAUGAUCAGUGGCAUGCCUAACAAUCAGGAUAUCAGCAGAACCGGUGGGGUGGAAAUUUUUGGAGCAGUAGCAACUUCAAAUUCAGGAGACAGCAGUGUAAAUGUCCCAUUAAUAAAUAGAGACGUUGUUAUGAAUGUGAACUACGAGCCACGGAAGUCCUGUGGUUACAUUCUUUCUAACACGACAAGGAACUCGCGCCCCCUUGUAUUCAUUGUUGUUGCUACCGCCAUGUGUUUUGGAAUUUGUGCUGUUCUCCUCCACCCUCACAAAGUUGGGGAUCUUGCCAUUUCCAUUCGUAGGUGUUUGUUUGGCAAUCCCAAGCCUUAUAAACUGACCUAGAGGUAGUGUCUGUUGUUGAUUUUGUAUGUAUCCAACAUUGUAAAUAGUACAAAUUGGACCAACUUGUGUAAGGACUGAUUUUUCAGUGGUUUUUGGAUGUCAUACCCGUUGAAGGCUCAUAGAUUGUUGAGUGCUGCUUAUAACUCACAAGCACUCGAUUUCUAAAGAUAAAGAAUAAUAUUCUAUUGCGUGGAAGGAUGUAGGUCAAGUAGUUUUGCAUCAAAUCAAAUAUGAAACUUUGGAGGCAGGUAUUGAUCAAAAUUUAUGGAAUUUGUACUUAUGUUUUA